AUGUCCACACCCACUAGACCCCCUAGCCGUUAUGCUGCCGAACCCAAACCAGGUGAAGCUCUUCUGCAGAGUGCAGGGUACACUCAUCUGUUACUUGUUGGUCAAGCAAAAGACUUGCCGACGUUGAGCGCUUCGCCUGUCUGGCGCAAAGCCUCUCAAUUGCAGGAGACCAUUGGCUCCGUGUCACAUUACCUGUUCUCCAGAGGUAGCUCAAAUAGUGGUCUCAACAAUGAAGACGAGGUGGCGCUCACCGACAGCAAAACUCCAACUUCGCUCAUAUUCCUCAGUGUCCAACAACUUUUGUCUGGUAGAAUUCCUGAAAACCUUUCCAUGAUAAUAAACAUUUUGUCUAGUGUAGGUAAACCUCUAGAUGAUAGAAAGAUGCAACUGGAAGAUGUUGUGGGUUGGUUAGCCACGUCUGGUAGAAAAAACCAACAUGCACCCAACAAGAUGGUGAAUGACGUCCAAGGUCAAUUCAUAGAUAUACUCUGGAAUGACCUCUCGCAUCCAUCAACUGUUGAUCUGAAUCCCAAACAUCGCUUUAGAACGCCCGAUGGUCGGAACAACAAUAUCAUUGGUUCCCCAUUUCUUGGUGCUGCCAAUCAACCCUAUGCUAGAUCUGUCAAGGCACUUCACCCUCGCGCACCUUACGUCGCGGAGCCGGAAGAGAUGUUCGAUUCUAUCCUGCGUCGUCCCGAGGGUUUUGAAGGUUUUGUUCCUCAUCCUGCUGGAAUAUCAAGUCUCUUGUUCGGCUUUGCCAACAUCAUCAUCCAUGAUAUCUUCUGGACUAACACUGGUCCAGAAGUUAAAGGUCCGGGAUCCGAUACCGAUUCGAAUCAAUACGGUGACAGCGGGAAUGGAUCCUCGCGUGCAAGCCAAUGGCAAAAUUUGACAUCCUCUUAUCUUUCCUUGGAUCCUUUAUACGGAGUCGGACAAGAGGAACAAGACAAGAUUCGCAACAAAGAGGACCUUGGCCGCGGCUUGUUGUACAAUGACACUUUUGCAUCCAGUCGAUUACUUGUGAUGCCUCCAGCAUCGUGUGCUCUACUUGUAAUCUUUUCUAGAAACCAUAAUCGAGUUGCUAAAAGGCUUCUGGAGAUCAAUGAACGCAAAACUUGGACAGCCGAUUUGGAGAAACUCAGUCCCGAGCAAUUGCAGCAACAAGACGAUGAGAUUUUUGGCACCGCCAGAUUGAUCAAUUGCGGCUAUUAUGUAGAGAUGAUUCUCCACGACUAUCUCAGCGCUAUCUUAAACACUACACAAGCCGACAGUGACUGGGCGCUCGACCCUAGAGCUCCGAUCAAAAGUAUCCUCGGGAGUACCCCUAAGGCUACUGGAAACUCAGUCACAGUUGAAUUCAAUUCUCUAUAUCGCUGGCACGCUCCGAUGUCGUGGUCCCAAAGUAAAUGGAUCGAGAAAUGGGAGGACGUGAAUCAUGAGACCAUCAAAAAAUCAGCCGCCUUAUUGAAGAAGGAGCUUAAUGCUGAAGACGGGGUAGAGCCUAGAUAUUGGAAGUUAUCUAAAUACGAAGUCAACGUUCCUAGAAGUGGCCAACCAGAGCUGACCUCCGCAGGAGUUUACGAAAGGGACUCAGAGACCGGUGAAUUCCGUGAUGAGGACAUUGCAAAGAUUUUGAAAGAUUCUACGUACGAAGUUGCUGGUACUUUCGGAGCACGCCAUAUACCUGCAGCCAUGAGAUGGAUUGAAUGUCAAGGAAUGCGAACUUCUAGAGAUGUGUGGAAAACCUGCACCCUGAAUGAAUUCAGAGCUUUUCUGGGUUUGAAGGAAUUUGAAUCAUUUGAGGAAUGGAAUUCGGAUCCUUCUGUGGCUUCUGCUAUGCAGGAUCUUGUCGGCCAUCCUGCGAACAUUCCAUUACAUGUUGGUUUGCAUGGUGAGGAAGCUAAGAAGCCAAGAUUAGGAGCAGGGUUGUGUCCAAAUUACACAAACAGUCGGGCUAUCUUGAGUGAUGCAGUUUCCCUUGUUCGGGGAGAUCGGUUCUACACGGACUCUGCAACUGCCGACACUAUGACGGAUUGGGGCCUGCGUGACUGUCAACCGGACGUUCAAGAAGGGGCUUACGGUGGCAUGUUGCAAAAAUUGAUACGCAAUAACUUGCCGGAUCAAUAUGUAUUCAACGACGUUGCUCUACUAUUUCCUUUCAAAACCCCUCAAAGUUCCUACUCGAUUCUGGAGAAAAUAGGCCCUCAAAAGGCCCUGCAAUAUUCGCUUCAACCUACUCCUACUCCACAUUUGUCCCUAGGUUACAAACACAUACAAUCGGGCGGAAAAACAAUGGUCUAUGAGAUUUCUGACACUCCGAAAGUCGAAGUAGAAAGAAUGAGCUUGCUUUUUGGUUUGCCAAAGAUGAAUUCAAACAUCAAGCUUAUUUACCAGGCAGUUGAGAUGGCGAUGUCCAGACAAAACUCCGAACAGUACAAGUUGUUCAUUCAAAGUCGCAUCCAACAAUGUUCGGCCAGACGAAGCCCAGUGUCUACCGAUGAGACUGUCGAUGUAGCGCGGGACGUGACCAACCCAUUGAUAUGUGGAUGGCUUUCUCAUAUCUUUGGACUUGUGGAAACUGGGAUUCACUCGCAGCAGCUUCUCCUCUGCGCAUUAAGCGACAUCUAUUGCUAUCUGAAUGCACAUGACCAAAUCUCCUUCAAAUCCAGAGCUUCUGCUCGUGUCGCCGCUUCGGGUUUUGCUUGGCAAAUCAAACAACAUAUUGAGGCAUCUUCACCUCCCAAUUCGAUCGGAAAUUUGAUCAGAAGAGGAGUUUCUAAGCUCACCAUAGGUGCAAUCGAUGUCCUCGAGGAUUCCAUCAAGACCAUAUCUGGUCAAAGACCGGAUAUCAAGCAUACUUCUCCUGACACCAAGAUCUUCUAUGAUACCAUAAGAGUAGAGAAUGAUGCUCAAAGAAUCCCACUUUCUAUUGACGAGCUCACAGCCGAUUGCUUGCGAGCCGUCUCAACCUUGGCAUACACUAUUGUCAACGGUACAGCGCAUGCGUUAGACUAUCUGAUGCCCGCUACAACGACCCACGCAGAUGAGAUUCCUAAACUUCGACAAACGUUACACGACUUGGUCCACAACCCCCGCUUCGACCGAUCGAACAUACAUGAGGCUCAUCUAAAGCAUGGGUUGGAAGGUGUGCGAUUGGCCCAUUGGAAUCCUUACCUGCGAGCUAUAUCGUUUGGCGUAAAACUUGAACACAGGGCCCAUCCUCGUCCGAUCGGCAUCAUCGACCGUGAAUUUCGACUCGACCGAAACACUUUGGAAUACUUGCGAUUAUUAGAUGUCGAGGGCUAUUGCCUCCCUAUGUUUGAGAUUAUUCUGCCCGUCAUCAUCAAUCAAGUUUUCUCUCUUAACAAGGUCCAGCGUGCACCAGGUAUGCAGGGUAGGUUGGAGAAGAUCAUGAUCACGGGUACCUCCGCGUCCAUACCGACCAUGCACAUUAGAUACGAUGGGUCCAAAACCUUGAAGGCGAUAAACAGCCUCCGAGGCAGAAGAACAAAUGGUAUUGCGUGAUGCAACUUUUUUCCGUUGAUUGGUCUCACCAGAUUCCAUAGGGUCAAACUCAAUGAUAUCUGGGAAAUGUGUUUAUGACCUUUAUCAAAGCUUGAUCAAGAAGCGUGUGUAUCUUUAUAAAAUAGUCAUUUAUCAAUCUUAGCUCCUCCACCAACAGUUUUUUCAAAGUUGUUUGACGCAUUAUAUCUAGAUUCACUAGUAAUCGUCCAAAUAAUUAUUAGAUACGUAAGAGUUGUAUAGUUACUUAUUGACAUCAGGUGUGACGAAAUUGACUAAAUUUUGAUGAUCACCCGAC